AUGGCUGCUUCGAAUAGUAUUGUUCAUGAUGACUUGUACGGACAUUUGCAGAACGACUACACCUUCUACACGCACGAUAUCAAAGGGAACCGAAUUAAGAGUGUUCGUGCCGAUAACCUUGAAUCUUCAAGAUCUGCAUCACCUGCGAGGCAUGGUAGAAGAUAUCCUGAGUAUCUUUCUCCUGUCCCUACUAGAAUGAACAAAAGAUACGAUUCAGGCACGAGUUAUGAUAGAAAUUUUAUUGAUGACACUAACUCAACGCAUGCUAGUUUAAUCACGCUGUCAACCCCUUUCUUGCGAAGAAGUGGAAACGAUUCUUGGAGAAGCGAUACAUACAAUAGAGGUAACCAUAGUUUCAGCCGAGCGAAUGACACAUUUGGCAGAAUCCUUGAAACUCCGAGGGGUUAUGACGCUUUUGCGCGUCCAGGUUCACGGCCCCAAUCACCCGAGAAGUCGCCUUCUAGACAGGGUUAUAAUAACAGUUUGAGCUACAGCCAGCGUACUCAACUUUCACCUAGUCGAUCUCACACCAGUAGACCAGCGUCUCCUCAGAGAAGUCCUUCACCUUCCAAAAGACCGUGGCAUUGA